AUGGCGGACGACUCUACUCCCAUUGAACUCGGAGCUAUCGAUAAGCUCGAACUCCUCCAUGACACUACGGCCGUGAACUGGGCGUCGUUUGAGGACACACUUCACACCCACCUUGGCUCUGUCAUUGUUCAAGACUACUGUCUUCUUGAUGUAGUUCUUGAGCACCCUAACGGCCUUCCACCCGUCCCCCCUCCUCCUCUUGAGCCUCCUCCUCCUGAUGCCCCUCCUCCCCCAGAGCCUCUGUCUGAUCCCCCUCGUGCCCCAGUUCAUGAUGACAACCCAGAUCGAUGGGCGGCCAACUUGAACAACUACAACAAGCUUCGCGAUGCCUACACCAUCCAGCGUGAGGCGCACCGUGCUGCUGAGAAGGCUCACGCUGAUGCUACUGCGCGUAUCCUCUCCUACGCACAGGAUGAGAAAGACUAUGCUGAUGAACUUCGCAAGUUCAACAAGGAUACUGCAGCAUGGCGAAUUGCGGAUCGCCGCGCUCUAGCCAUUAUCUUCUCCUGCAUCCCUUCCCAUCUCAAACGUGACCUCCGCCCCACCUCCUCCUCUGGCCUCUGGAAAACCCUGUCCACUCAGUACGACCGACAGGACCUUCGCUCUCUCCUUGCUCUCUUUCGCAAAUUUCAAGACACCACUCUUGACUCAUCCCCCACUGCUGCUGCCUUCACUCGGCGCCUCAUCGACACUGCGCAACGUCUCAACGACCGCGGCAUUGUCAUUCAUGAAUCACUUCUCACUGCACGCAUCCUCGACUGCCUUCCACCCACAUACGAUACCUACCGCAUCACCUUUACCUCUAGGUACCGCCAUCCUCCUCCUGUGGCUGACACAAUCGACUGGCUCCUUGACAGCGAAGCGGACAUCCAACGUGACUCCACCACCAUCAAUGCUAUCCAGGCUCGCAAAACUCCCUCAGGCAACCACAGCAGCGGCGGAGGUAGCGGCUCAAGCGGUACUGGCGGUGGCGGUGGUGGACGAGGUGGUGGGCGAGGCGGUGGACGCGGUGGUGGUCGUGGUGGCGGCCGUGGUGGGCGUGGCAAAAACCCCUCUCCCUCGGGUACCCUUCCCCCGUGUCAGUACAUCAUUCGCUAUGGCUCCAACAAAGGUCAGCCUUGCGCUCAAACCACUCACACCACUGACACGUGCUUCAAAGCCCUCACUGAUGAGUGGUUUGCACGUGGCAAUGUCGGCACCCCACCUCGAUGGAACACCAUCUUCCCGCGCCCCUCUCUCCAUGACAUACGCACUCUCCCCGCCUAUCAACCCUCCACCCCUAAUCUUCACAAUGUCCUCACUGAGCAUCUCCCACCUCAUAUCCUCCAGCAAGUUCAACAUCUUCUCCCUUCAUCUCCUCCCACUCCCACCCCUCCCACCCCUCCCAUUCCCCCUUCACCCACACCUCCUCCUCAAGCCCCUCCCCCCCACUAUCCUCCGCCCUAUACCGGCUGGCCAUACCCUCCUUAUCCACCUCCUCAAUACGGCCCUGUGCUUCCUCCACCUGCUACCACUCCUACUGACCAGCCCUCCUCCUCCUCCAAUCCUCCUGGCUUCACUCCGUUCCCUUCUGCUGGAUUCAUAGGACAUGUUAGCACUGCUUCUCCUGCUCCUUCAAUGUAUGCCCAUGCUAUUAAUGAGACAUCCUUCCAGUAUUCCGCUUCUUCCUCCUCCUCUACACUCCUUGAGUUCAUUCUUGACAGCGGCGCUACACACACUGUCCUUCGGGACGCAGGCACACUAGUCCCCCUCCCCACUCCCUCCACCAUUUACGGAGCCGACUUCAGCUUCACCAUCACAAGUCGACACACCUCCACUCUCCCCUGCCCCAUCUUCCCCUCAGGCACAGUCACAGGUCUACACGUCCCCUCCCUACGCAACAAUCUGGUAGCACUUCGUGACCUCCCAAGGUUAGGUGUCACCGCCAUCUUCCCCGGACAUGCACUUCACUGCGACCUCUUUCACACCAUCACUGGUCGCUUCAUCUGUCGUAUUCCCCUCUGCCCACACACAAACCUGUACACAUACCGCACCCCUCGCCCCUCCAUCCACCAACUCACCACUCCCACCUUACUUCCCCCUCACUCCCUUCCCCCCUCCCCUCUCCCCCCCCUCCUCCCCUCCCCUUCUUCCCCCCUUCCCUCCCCUCCCUCCCCCCCUCCUCUUGCCUCCCCUCCCCCUCCCUCCUCCCCCUCCCCUCCCUCCUCCCCCUCCCCUCCCUCCUCCCCCUCCUGUCACUGUCGUGACCUUACCCAUCCCGCCGUCCUCCUUCACCAUCGCUUGGGUCAUCCCAACUUUGCCACCCUUCGUCAAUCUGUCUCUCUCAACUUCUUGAAGGACUUCCCCUCACCCUCCCCCCUCUCCCCCCGUCGCCCUCCCCUCCCUGCUCAGUCUGCGUUGAAAGCAAACUAA